AUGUGGCAGAGGCAAGCAGGAGGCAGCAACGCUGACGGCGGAGGAGGACAAUCGAGACGAGGAGAGCAGCUGUUCCCGCUUUCCCUCCCCGAGGCUGAUGUUAUUUAUAUACUUGCAGUGUUCAGACUCCGUUACCCUUCCUUCUUCGCUGCCCGCGUCGGCGGCUCGCCUGGAAACCGCGGGAAGCGGGCGAGAGUAGGGCUGCGGGGUUCUCGGGCUUAUGUUGCUGUCUCUCUCCUCUCUUCCCCCUUAGCGCCCCGGCUCCUUAGCAACCCCCGCCCUUCCGGACUUCGGAGGGAUUGCUGUCCUCCUCUGGCACGGUGUCUCUGUAUCCAUCCCCACCCCUUGCCGGAGGGGAAGGAUCUCGGCUGCGUAUUUCUCUCCCCCCUUCUCUCUACGGAGCUAUUGUAUUGUGGGCUGGGGCCCACCGAGGGUCUCUCAGCCUCUCUGUCGAUAGCUCACGUUGGGGGAGGGAGGCAUGCCUCAGCCCUGCCCCCCUUCCCGUCGCGAAAAAACAGGGCGAAGGGGGUGCGAGGGUGGCGGUGGGGCUCGGCUGCGUCACAGCAGCUAGAAGGUGUAGCUGGGAAAGUCGCCGCCGUACUAACGCGCUGGGCUGGCUGCCCUGGGACUGCACGCACCGCUACCUGGGACACCCAGGGCGUAUGUGUACGUGCGCGCUCCGCUUGGGCUUUGCUGGAUUCCUUUGUCUGCUGCUGCCGCUGCUUUCUCCCCCUCCUUUCUUUCCCCUCUCUCCCAGACUCGAAGCGCUGCUGCAGGUUUGUAGAUACUGGACCAACACUUACAACAUGGCUGACACUCUGCCCUGGUUCUCCAUUAGGCUCUCCUCCUUCUCUGUCUCUGCCGCUUAGUCUCUCCUCCAUUGAGGGUUUUGUUUCUUCCCCCUCAUCUGCUGUCAAAAAAAAAAAAAAAAAAAAAAAGAGGAAAAACAAUGCACCGUCCUUAUUGUGUGCGUGGUGGGAUUUCAAGGACAAAUUUCCAAGAAAAUACCAUUAUAAAAGAUGUUACUGACAAUAUGCUGUAAACACUUGCAAUACAGGACAGUUGAUGGAGAUUUGCAGUUGAACAAUGGGCCCAGGAACUACAACAAAUAAGCGAUGUGUGGGGUGAGGUGGGAGCCUCACAGCCUGAUGUUUCAAGUAAAGCCGGGAAAGCAACCUGUCUCUGUACUGAAAGUUGGUCUCGCCUCCCCCUUCCUCUUGAUCAAACAAUGCAACGAGCCUUGCUGAGAGCUAGUCACAUGAUAAAUGACUCAGUCCCACCUCGCCAAAAGUAUAAAUCUGGUAUUCGGAACCCUUUUUUUGAGGGGGGUAUAGAGGAUGAGAACUCCAAUGGGUCGACGGGCCUGGAUCUCUCUCCUUCCCAAGGAGGAACGCCUCUUGGUAAGACUUUCACCUCUGACUGUCAGAUGUUACCUGGGAAAAUAUCGAUAACUAAAGCGCUAAACUAUAAACUUCACUUACUGCAAUAAUUGAGCUGA